GAGAGAGGAAGAAGGAAUCAAAAAAUACAAACUGUAAACCGAGAAUACCUACUCUCGGCUGUAAAUAUGUCACAAUUGUCAAAUAUUAUUGGGAUGUUUUAAGAAGUGUUAUAUUUAUUUGGAAGAGUUCUCAUGCUCCUAAAAAGUAAUGGAGUAAAUCAGAUUAUUGUGACACAAAAAACUCAUUCAUUGAAAUUAUAAGAACAAUUGUUUUCUUCUGAAAUAACCUCUAGCAUAUGGGACUUUGGAAGAUAUAAUGAGAACAUGUUUUCUGCGAUCAAAAGAUUUACCAGUAAGGGAGAUGGGUCCCCAAAUAACUCUGUUAUCAGUGCUAGACCUCCAGGACACCAGGCAAUGUCAUCAUCUCUACAAAAAAAAUUUGCGAGAGGUGUACAGUAUAACAUGAAAAUAGUCAUCAAAGGAGAUAGAAAUGUGGGAAAGACUUGUUUGUUCCAAAGACUGCAAGGCAAAAAGUUUGUUGAAGAGUAUAUUCCUACCGAAGAAAUACAAGUAACUUCUAUUCAAUGGAGCUACAAGGCCACAGACGAUAUUGUCAAAGUGGAAGUGUGGGAUGUGGUAGACCGAGGAAGGAAAAAGAAGCAUUUUGAAGGAUUGAAACUUGAAAAUUCCCAGUUAGAAGUUGCUGAAGAGCAUGCACUUGACGCUGAGUUCUUGGAUGUAUACAAGGGCACGAACGGGGUUAUAAUGAUGAUUGAUCUGACAAAAACUUGGACAUUUGAUUAUGUUCAAAGGGAACUUCCUAAAAUCCCGGGUCACAUUCCUGUUAUUAUAUUGUCAAAUCACUGUGAUAUGUCUCACCAUAGGACUGUUACUCCAGAUCAUAUUAGCUAUUAUAUAGAAUCUAUAGCUGGCACACGUUCAGCUCAAGUACGUCAUUCGGAAUCCUCAAUGAGGAAUGGAUUUGGACUGAAGCUUCUUCAUAAAUUCUUCAAUCUUCCUUUCCUUCAACUACAAAGAGAAACGUUACUGAGGCAGUUGGAACGCAAUGAAGUUGAAACUAAUGCCACCAUUCAAGAGUUGGAUAUGUUCUGUGUCUCAGACGAGGCGAACUACAGCAAAUUUUUAGACACCCUCAUCAAAAAACGGAGAGAGGUAGCGGACUCGAAUGCCAACAUACCUCCUCCCCUAGUGAAAGCACCCUCAGGCAUGGGCCCCAAUGAAAUGAAAAGAUCGCAGAGCGCUUCUAUAGUUAUUGGAGCUGGAAAACCUAUACCUUAUGGCAAUUCUGUACUUGUAUCCAAAACAAAUACGGCACCACAACAAAUGUCCAAAAGCUCCAGUAUGAGUUCCGGAUUCGUUUCUAAAAUUGUUAAUACUGGGGUGGCUGAAGGACUUCCUGACAUAAAAAAACUCGACAUCAGCCCUAUAGUGUCUGUUGAAGAAUUUUGUCCAGACGGUGGACAGCUUACUGGGUUCUUAGACGAUGUUCAGUUGAGCGCCCAGAAUAAUACCAAGGAAGAAGAACACUCCGAUUCGGAUACAGAUACAGGAAACCCUCUGGUUUCUGAACUCCAGGAAGAUUUCGAACCUGAAGAAAUGUCUUUCUCGAAACUUCCAAAAUACAAUAAAAAGCAGGAACCUCCGUUCGUGGCGCCUACAAGAAUGGUUCAGUCUGAGAGUAGUGAAAUAGAAGUUGAAAGAAUGGUGCACGAAGACUUUGAUAUGAAACAAACAAAUGAUGAAUUCGACUGUACCAUCAAUUCUGAAAUCUCAGAGUUAACAUCAGACGCUUAUGAUGGAUGGAUGGCUGCUGACACCAAGUGGAGGAGAUCUCCAGAAGAGGGAGGUUCGAAGAAAAAAGAUAAGACUGAAAAGAAAGCUAAGAAGAAGUCUAAAGAUAAAGAUAGGGAAAAACAUAAGGAUACAACCAAAGCAGACAGGAAACACAAACGUCAAUCUCGUGAUGAAACCACUUCCCACAGAGACGAAUUGGAAGAGUUUUUGAACGGUCCAGCUGGUUCCCCCAUAGAAACCGGUUACGAGGCCAUUUAGCAUUUUACCUGGCGUCAUUGAAAACGAGUAUGAAUUGAAUUUUUAAUGUGACGCUUGCAUCUUCCAAAGCUUACUAAAUUUCUACAUAACCCAGGUACUUAAUUCGAGGAAAGAUGGAAAUGAAAAGAGAUUGGAGAAAAUAGUUUUAUUUGUCUGUUGGUGAUUAUACAGAUUAUGAUUGUUGAUGUUUUCCUGUGGUUUUUUUGAAUCGUGAAGAUAGUGUUAGGACCAUUGAUGUCUGAAGCAAUUUUUCCAAAUAUUUUUUACUAAAAAGUGAUAUUUUGAAAUGAUAAAUGAAAUUUUUCUUUGCUAUGGUUUUGUACUAAAUGAUUCAUGAGCUGUUUAUGAUGAAAAAAAAGUGUGCUGUAAAAAUAAAGAGGAAUUACGCUCUA